UUGCCGCGAAAAUUUCCCAAUAGCGACCCUCCCCGGAUAUUGUACGAAGGAAAUGUCCUUAGAGAUUUGUUUUCGCGAUCCGCAGACGGUUCUGUGCCGAGUGAUCUGCGGAAAUUAGAUAAACGAUUGAGAUCGUCUCGUCGUAAUGUAAUUUCCAAUGCAAAAUCACGUUAUUUAUCCCCUGGAAGAAAAUAUAAAAGUGGCUACAUUUUCAGUGCUUUUUUCCCGAGAUCAACGUUGAAAAGAUUAAAUAAUAUUUUAGGACGACAGCAUUAAUAUAAGUAGUGUUAUAAAAUAACAACGUUGUAUAAACAAUCAUUGAAAACGAUAAACAAUAUCAGAAAACAGGAGAAAGUGAAAAUAAGAAAAUAGAAAUGUUCUAUUUUCAAAGUAUAUUGGAAUUUGGAACGCGCGUUCCGAUCUACGUGCUAGCCAUUACGUAAACAAAAGAUAAUUUUCGACGAAAAAAUGAAUGGAAAUAACUGAAGUAAAAAUAACUUUGUAAUGGGCUGAGAUAAUUUACGAUAUGGAUACGUAAAAUCCGCCUGUAUUAAAAUCGAUAAGACACGCAAAACGAAUAAAUGAUACGAGUUUUGACAUUUCAUUAUUGACAACACAAUCGGAAAAACUGAACGCAGUGCACACUGCACCACUCCUCGGAUUAUUUUGAUUUUGGAAUUUAUUUUUAAAAUUCGUAGAAAAGUGCUGUGCAAAUGAACUGUGUGUGUGAAAAUAAACAGUUAAAUCAAUAAUGUGUUGUGCUGAUGUUGCAGUGAGAUAAACAAGCCAUAAUGUCCGGAGGCAAAGGCAAGCGGUCAAAACGCCAUGAGGGCUGGGAGGAGGCAGGCGGAGAGUUUUAUCAGGAGCUCUACCCGGGGGGAGAACAGGAACUGUUCGAGAACUUGCAGCGAGCGGACACCACUAAGCUGGCAACGCUGCUGCCAUCGAAGCAGGCAAGGAAUACGACUACGGUGAAGCGAGUACGAUCACAGAAUGAGAGGCGACAGUCUACAUUCGCGAGAACUACACAAAGUCGAGACAUACACCUGUCUAUGCUUCCCGAUCUAUCUGAAAAUCUAUCAAAUGAGGAACGAACAUGGGAGGAGAUAAUGCAGAUCAAGGCCAUGCCUGUGCCGAUGCAUCAGAAGCUGGAGCUCAAAGCACGAUUACAGAACGCAACAAAACUACGCCUGCAAGGCUUCGAGCAGUUACAAUGGAAACAAAGAAAAAUAUGGCACCGAUUCAGAAUACGAUUGGGCGAAAUUAUGGGAAAAUUGGAGUUAUGGCAAUCAGCGUUACGGGAAAUUGAAGGGAAAUUCGGAACUGGGGUCGUUGCUUACUUCCUCUUUCUGAGAUGGAUGCUCCUCCUGAAUUUCGCCAUAUCCAUAUUCGUUGUCCUAUUCCUGAUCCUCCCUAAUGUGUUGCUAGUCGAAAGAGUUGAAGAGUGCACCGAUUUCCUCGAAAAUUCCACCAUUUGUUGCUCGCAGACGUAUUUCGAGCGAAAUUUGACGGAUAACAACAUCGCCUUGGAUUUCAUUCAAGGCACUGGAUGGAUGGAGAAAACUAUAUUAUUCUACGGUGUAUACAGCAAUCAGAUAUAUGAGUAUCAUUUAAAGGGUCUCUUCAGUAAAGAGAUGUAUUAUAAUAUGCCGAUGGCAUACAUUUUAGUACCCAUUUCUUGGGCACUGUUUUCCUUGAUUGCAAUAGUGAAGUCCUCGGCGAGAGGUUUCAAGGAAAAGCUUGUUGAAAGCGAAGGACAGUUCUAUAAAUACUGCAAUUUGGUCUUCGGUGGGUGGGACUUCUGCAUCCACAAUGAUAAGUCAGCUAAAAUCAAGCACAAGGCAUUAUAUAAUGAGGUAAAAGGAUGUCUGGAAGAAGAGAAAUAUAAGGAAGAAAAGCAGCAACGAUCUAGAGAGGGGGCAAUAUUUUUGCAGAUCAAAAGAAUUUUUAUCAACCUGUUGGUCUUAAUAAUACUGAUUGCAUCUGGUAUACUCAUAUACAUAACAUACAAUUACUCCAUGGAUCAACUCAACAACGAAUUCAACGUGAAUCGAACUGAGGAAUUCCUUUACAAAGACGACAAGUUAUCCUUUACGCAGCUGCAAAAUACUCUCUUGGAAUUUCUGCCAUUUCUGAGCAUUGUCGGCUUGAAUCUUGUGAUCCCUGAAGUCUUUGGGUAUAUGAUCAGAUUCGAGAAUUACACCCCAGCGAAUGCGAUAAUUAUCAGUCUUCUACGAACAGUUUUGCUCCGACUUUCGUCCUUAGCAGUUCUCUUGAGUCAGAUGUAUAUCCAGAUUACUUCUCCAAACCGUAUCAUAUGUCCUUCAGAUGAGGAGUCCAACAGACUUGAAUGCUGGGAGACCUACGUUGGUCAACAGCUCUACAAGUUGAUUUUAACGGAUUUCGCAAUACAAUUCAUCAUGACAUUCUUCAUAAACCUCCCUAGAGCGUUCAUUGCGAGGCACGCUAGAAGCCGUUGCUUGAGAAUAAUCGGAUCCCAAGAGUUUUACCUGCCCAAACACGUAUUGGACAUCGUUUACAUCCAGUCUAUCAUAUGGAUGGGUUCAUUCUUUUGCCCAUUCCUGCCAAUCAUUGGCACAAUUUUCUGCUUCCUCAUCUUCUAUAUCAAGAAGUUCGCUUGUCUAGUCAACUGCACGCCAUCGCCAAUAGUCCACAAAGCGUCCAAAUCCAAGUCCCUAUUCAUGUCAGUGCUUCUCCUUGGAUUCGUGAUAUCCAUUGUCCCUGUAGCUUAUUCCAUCGCUGAAAUCGUUCCCUCCUGGAGUUGUGGACCUUUCAGAGGUUAUAACACAGUUUGGGACUAUGUUAUAGAAACUUUCGAGGGAUUCCCCGAAUUCGUGCGAGGUUUUAUCUUCAUUCUUGGCACGUCAACGUUUUCGGUCCCAGCGUUUGCUAUACUCCUCUUCUUCUUGUACUAUUAUUGGGCCGUGGCUUCGGCAAAUCGCCACAUGGUUGAAGUUUUGAAGAAUCAGUUGGUUCUGGAGGGCCAUGAUAAGCAAUUUUUGCUGAAUCGCCUCAGCGCAUUCAUUCGUCAACACCAGAAGAGAUGCGAAAGAAGAAACAGAGCUAGCUUUGCCGACGACGAUUCCUCUAUUCAACAGAGCUCUAGAUAAUAAGUCUAUACAUUCCUGAAAUCUAUUUUAGCUAAUUUUUUUUACAAUUUUAUUCCUUAUUUUCGCUCUCUCGCGUAUGUAUUUAUGUAUAUAAGUAGCAAUAAAUAGUCAAAUAGAUCUCAAUGUCAUCUAGACGCUUAAAAUUUAGGCGAAUAAACUAAAACAUAAUGUACACUCUUCGGCUGCGUUUCCACCAGAGAUGUGUUGCGAGGAAUGUGUUUUUUGA